AUGGCGCGCGUGGGGGUGGCAAACUAUCAGCACUCCACUGCCACACCGGUGCUUCAAGACAAAUACUGGAGAGAAGGGCUGGAACGAGCGCAGCGAGAUCAUGCCUUCAGCUGUUUCAACGAUCCCUUUCCAAAGGCCAGCUAUGCGUACAUCAACACCACCUCAAACGACUUCUUGGGUAGAACUUGGCAGGUGUUGCACCACACGACCAGCACAGCUGCAGGAAAGUGCAGUUUCCACCACAACGUGGCUAAGCCCAUGUCCACGGUGGUGAAGGCGAACAGCUCCACCAUGUCUUUGGAAGCCAAGCCCGUGGCGAGCGUCCAGGUCCCACGCUGUCGCUGGUUGGUGGCUGGUGGCUGUUGA